AGCCUGGCCGCCCGCCCCCCGUCCCAUAUACACCCGCCAAUCUCUCUCCCUCCCUCCCACCUUAUCUCCCGGGUCUCCAAGCCCAGCCAAGGCACGCCCCCGCCUCCCCUCGCCUCCUCCGCUCGCCGCGGAUCCCACCUGAGCGAUCGGAGGCGCCAUGGACCCGUGCCCGUUCGUGCGGGUGCUGGUCGGCAACCUCGCCCUCAGAAUGCCGGUCGCGCCGCCCGCCGCCGGCGCCGGCGCCGGCGUCCACCCCUCCACCUCCCCCUGCUACAUCAAGAUCCGCCUCGGCAAGAUGGCCUGCCAGACCGCCGCCGCCCCGCUCGUCCUCUCCGACGCCGCCGCCGCCGAGCAGCCCCCCUCCGGCGCCCUGGCCGCGGCCUUCCACCUCUCCAAGGCCGACCUGGAGUGGUUCGCCCGCAAACCCUCGCUCUUCUCCCCCUCCCGCGGGGCCGCCACGCUCAAGGUGUCCGUCUAUGCCGGCCGCAAGGGGACUACAUGUGGCGUCAGCUCCGGGCGGCUGCUCGGGAAGGCCACCAUCUCGCUGGAUCUCAAGGGCGCCGAGGCCAAGCCCGCGGUGCUGCACAGCGGCUGGAUUUCCGUCGGGAGGCGCGGCGUUGGCGGCAAGGGCGGCGGGCCCGCGGCCGCGGAGCUCAGCCUCACCGUCCGCGCGGAGCCCGACCCGCGGUUCGUGUUCGAGUUCGACGGCGAGCCGGAGUGCAGCCCGCAGGUGAUGCAGGUCCGGGGCAGCAUGAAGCAGCCCAUGUUCACCUGCAAGUUCGGCUGCCGCACCAACAGCGACCUGCGGAGGUCGGUGGCGCAGACGGAGCGGGAGGCCGCCGGGAAGGAGCGCAAGGGGUGGUCCGUCACGGUGCACGACCUCUCCGGCUCCCCCGUCGCGCUCGCCUCCAUGGUGACGCCCUUCGUCGCCUCGCCGGGGACGGACCGCGUGAGCCGCUCCAACCCGGGCGCGUGGCUCAUCCUCCGGCCCGCGGGCGACGGCGCGUGGGAGCCCUGGGGCCGCCUCGAGUGCUGGCGGGAGCGCGGCGGGGGGGGGUCCUCCGACAGCCUCGGCUACCGCUUCGACCUCCUCGUCCCCGGCGUCGACCACGCCGUCCCCAUCGCGGACUCCACCAUCGCCGCGUCCAAGGGCGGCAAGUUCGCGCUCGACCUGACCGCGGCGCAGCCCCUGAGCCGGGGGAGCACCCCGGGAUGCAGCCCGCGGGGCAGCGGCGACUUCAGCCAGUGGCCUCUGGGGAACUACCGCGGGUUCGUCAUGUCGGCCUCGGUGGAAGGCGAGGGCCGGUGCAGCAAGCCCACGGUGGAGGUCGGGGUGGCGCACGUCGGGUGCGCGGAGGACGCGGCGGCGUUCGUGGCGCUGGCGGCGGCCGUGGACCUGAGCAUGGACGCGUGCAGGCUCUUCUCGCACAAGCUCAGGAAGGAGCUCUCGCACCUGCGGUCGGACGUCCUCCGGUGACCGCCUGCACGCAUCUCAUUCCGACGAGCAAACUGUACAAAGUAGCCGAGAAUGUAGAAGACGAUUUAGCCGGUUCUUUAGUUGGUUGCGGCGGUGGUAGUUCGAUUUUGGCGAUGGGUUAGUAGUUGGUUCGGAUCGCUUUCUUUUUUUGUGAGCGGCAGUGUGGUGUGGUUGUGAUUUUUUAGUUGGCUACUCCACUUUUAGCCUCCUUUGCUAGCUGUUUCCCUCUAUGAAUCAAAUCAAACUGAGAGCCUUUGUGAUCUA